AUGGAAGCAAAGGCCGAGUAUGAGCUUCGCAACAGAAUCACGCACAACGUACUCGUCAUGGAUCCUGUGCUCAAGGCCGUACAUGGAGAUGCGGACACCAGGGCUGCUGAAAAACGUCUUCUACCCCUGAUUACGGAAAACAAUAUAGUCUCGAUGGUGCAUGGUGCACAGACUACGAAGCUUGCGUCUGUCACUCGUGCUUUGAGUACGGCGGAGCAGGCCAACAUGAUUGCCAAUCGCAAGAAUCGAGAGCUGGCUCAGAGGAUGCUUGCGCUGGCUGAGGACAUGAAGGCGCAGUCUGUCAAGGACAUUGAGGACCCUCAGUUACGAGCCCAGGUGGAUGCGGUGGAGAAGGCUCUGAAAGAGUCGAGACGGAGGAAGAAGACGGUGAAGGGUAUUCUGUCGGCCAUGAUUGUUGGGAGUGGUAUUCAUUGGGCUGCCGAUGCGGAACUGACUGAGCUGGUCAUGGAUGAUGAUGAUGAAAGACGACUACUCGCAGAUAGUGCGCCACAUGGCCACAAGCGCCACUCAUCACUACCAUGCCAUGCCUACAGGCUGCUCCCAGGCCUGAAGCUAUGUAUGGAGAAGCAGGCAGACACAAGUACUCUAGACAGUGGAAUCGGAGAGCAGGGCUUGGGGUUCACGCGGGAGGAUGAAGUGCUAGUCUAG